CAUGUAAACAAAGGGACGACACAGCGGUUGAGUCAAGUUCAGAGUCGAUUAUAAACUGUUUCCCUCGUUCAGGUUGAGUCCAGUUCGGAGUCGAUUAUAAACGGCGUCCCUCGUUCAGGUUGAGUCCAGUUCAGAGUCGAUUAUAAACGGGGUCCCUCGUUCAGGUCAACUCGGUCUGACGCGUGUUAUAGCACGAGGCGUGUUGAAACUUCCUAGCAGCAGGACGAUGACUGCCAUCCUCCCGCGGAUUGAGCAGCUGUCCGCGCGCGUCGUACGGAUCCUCGGCUGCAACCCGGGCCCGAUGACCCUGCAGGGUACCAACACAUACUUGGUGGGCACCGGGAAACGGCGUGUGCUGAUCGACGCGGGGGAGGCGGGGGUUGCGGAGUACAUCUCGUCCCUGCAGCAGGCGCUGGAGCAGCAGAACGCCAGUAUCCAGGAGAUCGUGGUGACGCACUGGCAUCAUGACCACACCGGCGGAGUGCCCGACAUCUGCGCCAGCCUGCCCGGAGGUUGGGACCUCCCAGUGAGUAAGCUGCCUCGCGUGCCUCAUCAGGAAGAGCGAUUGGGGGAGGAGGACAAGAAGACGUACACGUACCUCCGACACGGAGACCUCAUCCACACCGAGGGCGCCACACUCAAGGUGCUGUACACUCCUGGCCACACAGAUGACCACAUGGUGCUGCUGCUUGACCAGGAGGGGGCGCUGUUCUCAGGAGACUGCAUCCUGGGGGAGGGGACUGCAGUGUUUGAGGAUCUCCAUGACUACAUGCGGUCACUACACACACUACUGGACACUAACGCUGACCACAUCUACCCAGGCCAUGGGCCAGUGGUGGUGAACGCUGCCUCUAAGAUCAGAGAGUACAUCACUCACAGAGAUCUGCGGGAACAGCAGAUACUACGAGUUCUUCAGGAGAAGCCCACACACACACACACCGCCGCCGAGUUGGUCAAGAUCGUCUACAAGGACACACCGGAGCACCUUCACAGGGCAGCAGAGGUCAAUCUGACUCACCAUCUCAAGAAGCUUCAGAAGGAAGGACACAUCACUGCAGUUGAGUGCAGGUGGAAGAGUAAUCUCUGAUCUAAGGGCGCUGGAUGCUGGACAGAUGAAAAGACAGAACGAUGUGCACAUGUGGGCAAAGGAAUGAACAGAUGAAUGAACACAUGAAUGAGUAAACAUGAAACAUGCAUGAGUAAACAUGAAUGAACACAUUAAUGAACAAACAUGAAUGAGUAAACAUGAAUGAACACAUUAAUGAGGAAACAUGAAUGAGUAAACAUGAAUAAACACAUGAAUGAACACAUUAAUGAACAAACAUGAAUGAGUAAACAUGAAUGAACACAUUAAUGAGUAAACAUGUGCACAAAGGAAUGAACAUGAGAGCAUUAACUGACAUCAUCUUGAUCUAUUAAACCUAUAUUUGAUAUAUGUUGACUGUUAAUAAAUGUAUUGAUUUAAAAUGG